AUGGCUCGCCUUUCCACCCCGGUUCUCCUCGCCCUCUUCUCGGCCACGGCUUCUCUCGCCUCGAAGCAAGCCUCCGGCUCCACAGGCCCCGGUUUCGGAGCCCCCGGCUUCGGAGCUGCAGGCUCCGCUGCGUGCCAGCGCGCCGUCCUCUUGGCCGAGGGCAUCAAACUCAACAUUGACGACCAGAACAAUGAGGUUUUGUCCCUGACCGCCGUCAGCAACGCCCUCAACGCCAAUGACGCAGCCGCUUUCCAGGCCGCCAAGACGGACCUCCUCGGUUUCGUCAACAGCGGCAUCGAGAUGCGCAAAAUGAACCAGGCCAUCGCACCCGCCGGCAACAAGGCCAUCGCGGGCCUCGCCAUCGUCGCCAACGCCCAGACCGAGGAGCUCAACCUGUCCAACAGCCUGAGUGGAGACCCCGCUAACAAGGCGGCGGAUCUCAAGACGGUUGACAAGCUGAAGGCUGACUUUGCGGGCGGGAUCAAACAAAAUAUGCAGAACAUGGCCGACGCCCUUUCCGGCUGUGGAGGAGGUAUGCCGCCUCCUGACGUUUUCAACUUGACGGCCUUCGCACCUCCACCUGCACCCACCGGUGCUGGUGCCAAUCCGUUCCAGGGCAAGGGCUUUUGGAAGCUCUUCCGGGCGUGA